AUGUCACAGUACGGUUACGGGCAAAAUCCGCAAUACGGCGGCAACGCAGGCGGCGCGCAGAAUCUCCAAUUUUACUCUUCCACGUUCUCGAACCAACCUGUCUCAGGACACUCUACGCCAUUCCAGGCAAACUACGGCGCACCACAAACACAGGCGUAUCCGUCACAGUAUGGCGCUGGGUUCUCAGCACCGGGUGUGAGUGGGCAGAUGGGGGUGGGAGCUUCGGGUUUGCGGACUGGAUGGCUUGCAGCUUUCGGUACUGAAGGGUAUGUCUGUCGUGUGGGCGGGUGGCCGAUGUAUUUGCUAAUUGGAAUAGAUAUGAGGGAGAACCACCACUGUACACUUGCAGUUCUCAACCCAUUCGGUCGAAUCGAUCAGCAUCUCAUGGACGAUAGCGACAUUGCUGGUCCAGUUCUAUUUUUCUUCGUGUUCGGAACUUCAUUGCUACUUUCUGGGAAGCUUCAUUUCGGGUACAUAUACGGUCUCGCAGUACUAGGCACUGCCUUGCUUCACACCAUUCUUUCUCUCAUGUCCCCGCCGCUGAGUCCGAAUGAACUGGCGGCUAGCCAAGACCACGAUCCCCGAGGAAGCUCACAUUUCUCGUCCUCGCUCACAUACCCACGAUCUGCGUCGGUGCUGGGUUAUUGCCUAUUACCACUCGUACUGGUUGCAACGCUGGGCAUAGCAGUCCCAUUGGAUGGAUAUUUCGGAUACAUCUUGACAAGCUUGGCUAUCAUCUGGUGCUCGUACUCUUCCAGCUCCAUGUUCACGAUUGUUGGACGCAUGUCGUCUAUGAGGGGACUCGUGGCAUACCCUAUGGUCCUGUUCUAUGGAAGUUUUGGUAUCAUGGCUAUCUUUAGCUCAAGGGGAACCGGUCAACUAGCCAAGGCAACGAACGCAGCUUAA